AUGGCGGACCAGUGGAGUGGUUUUUGGGGUGGCCAUUUACCACAUCAUCCACAGCCCAACGAACAAUACAAUCGAUGGCAAAACCAGCCUGUAGCUUCUACAGUUCCACCACCAUUAAUGGGUCAUCGACAACACCACAAUUUCCCACCUAGAAACCAAGUAAAUUACCCGAGUUAUAAUCGCCCUUCUGGCUCCGCUAGUAGGCCUCCAUCUUACAACAACAAUUACUACGCUGCUCCACCAGUAGACCAGACGAGACUCGCUGGCUUUGAAGCAGAAAAGAGGUUCCCAAACGCAAAGGAAAGGAUUCAUAACAUUUUACAAAACGCCACUAAGACUCAUCAUAAACUCACUUACAAAUUUCAAARGAUAAAUAAGAGAGUAGGCAAAGCUACACUGGGAAUUCCUUGGCCAAAUUUUUAUUUUGAAGUAACUGGCGAAGGUCUUGAUAARAAGCAGGCUGAGAGGAGAGCUGCUGCUCUAGCCUUACUUAAACUGGAGGAAAUGGGAUGUUCAAUUGGAGGAGCUGGAACUUCAAUCACAUCAAAAAAGGAAGAAAUACAAAAAGAAGAGGAACCACAAUUGUUAUCAAUCCCAGAUAGCAUGCUACAUAGAAUAGAAACAAUAUUAUCAAGACAAUAUACAUCAAAGAAGAUACAUGUAUCAACAGACCCUAUUCCUAAACAUAUCCCAUCUUCAUCAUCGUCAUCAUCAUUGCCGACAACAAGUAACACAUCUCAUGACAAGACACAAUCUAAAAUUGACAGCAAAUGCACUCAAUCUCCAAGCAAUUCCGAUUCCRUAGGUGUAGACACUGUUCUUUUCUCUAUGGAGAUUAGGGAUGUUUUCACAGGGUUGGAGUACAAACCUCUUAAAAAAGAUGAAGAAACUAUCAUGAAUAAGGCUUUAUUAACAGAGUUACAAGAGCUAGACAAGACMGAGAAUUCUUUAGUGAGAGAGUUAAGGGAUAUGACAGAUAAUUUACCUGUUGCAAAAUUGAGAAAUGAGGUGACAAGCCUGAUCAACAAAAGCCAAGUGGUUUUGAUAUCUGGUGAAACAGGGUGUGGUAAGACAACUCAGAUCCCUCAGUAUAUUUUAAAUGAUGCCAUUGAAAGAGAGCAAGGAUCCUUGUGCAAUAUUAUUGUUACUCAGCCUCGUCGUAUUGUAGCCAUGUCCAUUGCAGAAAGAGUAGCAAGAGAAAGAGGAGAAAGCUUAGGCAAGAGUGUUGGAUACCAGGUAAGACUAGAAAGCAAAAUUCCUACCAGACCUGGAAGAAUACUGUUCUGUACCACAGGUGUCUUACUAAGAAAGCUGCAGACUAAUCCUAAACUUCAGGGAGUGAGUCACAUUGUUGUGGAUGAGGUACAUGAGAGAGACAUAAACACUGACUUCCUGCUAAUAUUGCUCAAGGAUAUGAUGGUCACCUGUCCGUCAAUCAAGAUAGUGAUCAUGAGUGCCACAGUUGAUGCUCAAAGGUUUUGUGAAUACUUUGGAAACUGUCACAAGAUAAACAUCCCUGGCUUCACUCAUCCAGUCACUGAAUUUUUCCUGGAUGACAUCAAACAAAUGCUCCCCUUGAAACCUGGAACAGUACAAGAAUGGUUGCCAGGCAACCAGGAUAGCAAGAGAUUCAAACUUGCUAAUGAUGUUGGUUCAGAAGUGAAAGUCAUACCUGAUGCUGAUCCUGAACUAGUUACUGAGGUCAUUCUUUACAUUGCAAAGUCAUACCCUGAGGGUGCUAUUUUGUGUUUUCUUUCUGGAUGGGAUGAAAUCAUGGCCGUUCUUGAUUUACUGAUGGAGAAAAUCCCUGAUGAACAGAAAUCUACCUUGACAGUUCUCCCCUUGCAUUCCAUGCUGGCAUUAGCUAAUCAGCAACAAGUAUUUGACAGACCCGCUUCAGGUAUGCGUAAGGUAAUCUUGUCUACCAACAUUUCGGAGACGUCCAUUACAAUCGAUGAUAUUGUGUAUGUAGUCAAUGCUGGGAAUCUCAAAGAAAAGACGUAUGAUCCCACGAAAAAGGUAUCCUGUCUCGAAACCCACUGGUGCUCUAAAGCUAGUGCCACCCAAAGACGAGGACGAGCUGGCAGAUGUAGGCCUGGACACUGCUUUAACCUGUUCUCCAGGAAACAGUUUGAAGAAAUGGAGCCAUUCCAAAAGGCCGAAAUCUUGAGAACGUCUCUUGAAGAAAUCGUCCUUCAAGCCAAGGUUCAACGGCCAGAUUGCUCCGCCGAACAGUUCUUAUCGAAGGCACUGGAUCCUCCCCCUUCAGCAUCUGUUCAAAAUGCUGUGUUUUUGCUCAAAGAUAUAGGAGCUUUAGAUGACAAGGAAAAGCUAACGCCGUUGGGUCGCUACAUGGCAAACCUACCGGUGGAUCCAAAGAUAGCCAAGAUGAUCAUAUAUGCUGUAGUAUUUAGAUGUGUGGACUCUGUGUUGACCAUCGCUGCUUCUCUAUCCUACAAAGACCCAUUUCUUACUCCUAUAAAAAAACGCGCAGAGGCAGACAAGAGACGCAUUAGCUUUGCACGUGGUAUGGACAGUGAUCACGUGGCCUUGCUCAACGCGUACGAGGGCUGGGUCGAGUCGUUGUGGUCUGGUCAAGAAAGGGAAUACGUCAACCACAAUUAUCUUCACCGAGGAACUCUGAACAUGAUCGAAGGUAUGAGAAACCAACUUUAUUGCUUACUGGCUGAGGUGAAACUAGUGCCCAGGGAUGACUAUCAUCACCUGACCGAUAUGUACACCAGGAACCUGGAACUAGUUAAAGCUGUUCUGUGUGCUGGACUGUAUCCUAACGUCAUUAAAGUCGGUCUGGGAUUGGAGUCUAAAGGAAGAUGUGGGAAAAAGAGACUAAAGACUACAAUGAGAACCAAGAAUGACGGGCGCGUAGCCAUCCAUCCUUCGUCUGUCAACAAUGAAAAAAAGUCAUUCAACACAAAAUGGCUGGUCUACCAUGAAAAGGUCAAAUCAACCCAAGUCUUCAUAAGAGACUCGAGUACAAUACACCCGAUAGCCAUGCUACUCUUUGCUGGUGACAGCUUAUCAAUUUUGGAGAAAGCUCCGUAUCCCAGUCAAGUGACUCUCGUUGUAGACGGCGAUCGCUGGAUGGGUUUCCUGUGCUCACCAAGAGCUGCUCAUACGCUACAGGCUCUGCGGAGUACUUUGGAAAAGAUGGUGAACCAAACCAUGUCGGCCAGCAAGAAUCCGGAAUGGUUUCAGUUUCAUACGGAUUUGAUAGGAUGUGUCAUGACUUUGCUGGAAACACAAUCCAACGCUCAACGAUGAGCGUCCCGUCCCGAAGGUGGACAGGACACAUCUCCUUUUCAAUUCCUUUUCCACUUCUUAUCAACCAAAAUUAUUUGGGGAGGGGAGUGGACAUGCCCAAAUGUGGUCCAGAAAUCAAAUGUAAUGACCCAUAGAUUCAAGGUAACCCUUUCUGUCUUCAUCAAGAUCGUUUGGGUGAGGGAGUAGUGGACAUCCCUAAGAGAACUUCAGAAAUCAAAUGGAUAAGAUCCUUUGGGGGAGGGGGCAGUGGACAUCCCUAAGAGAACUUUAGAAAUCAAAUGGAUAAGAUCCUUUGGGGGAGGGGAUAGUGGACAUCCCUAAGAGAGCUUCAGGUAUCAAAUUGCUCCUAAUACUUGGCACAUCUUCAUUUCCAUUCAUUAGCAAGCAAUGGGUAAGGGACAUCCUCAAACAGCGUUGAGAAAUCAAAUGUAAUCCAUCAUAUUGCCAUCAUUAUUCCUUCAUGAACCAGAUGAACAUCGUUACAAGUGGACUACGAAGCAUGCAUAAUAGAGACAUUAAACCAUGACACGCGCGCGCGUUAACAAGAGGAAACGCUGUACCUACCAUUUUCCGCAGUAGGUGAAACACUAGUAAGCGUAGUAAGCAGUAAAUGUUUUUUGUCAUUGAC